AUGUCGGCGAACGCAGAAGCCGGUCAAGCCGGGUCAGGCUCUGGAUCGAGCCCAGAAGAUGCACCUCUACAAAUGGAACAGACAGCGACAGUCGAUGGGAAACCCCUCGAGAAGACAAUAUCGUGUACCUCAUGUCGAAAACGGAAGCUAAAGUGCGAUCGUGUCAAACCAAGCUGCGGAACUUGUUCAAGAUUGCGCCAUGACUGCGAAUAUCCUGAACGGCGGAGGAAUCUAGGAUCUAAGCGGCGCAACAUGAAGGAAUUGGAAGCAAGACUGGCGGAAGUUGAAACCAGACUUGUGGCGGAAACAAAGGCUGCGGCUGCCGCAGCUGCGGCAAAUACCCAAGCUCCAACUACAGCGCCGGCACCAGCACCAGCUACUACAUCCGUUGAAACCGACUGGAAUGCUAUUGGAAUGGAUAUGGACAUGGAUAUGAACAUCGAUCUUAGUGGCCCUCCACUCUUGGAACCAAACUUUGAGAUGCCAUCAACUGGUUUCGGAGCCGUAGAUACGGAACCAUCUCCAGCAAAUAACUUUUAUUCUCAGGAACUUCUGCAGCUGGGACUCGACGAGCCCCUUCCGCCACAAGGAAUGAUGGAUGAACUGCAUCAAAUAUAUUUCGAUUUGUUUCACCCAACCAUGCCACUGAUGCACAAGUAUCGAUAUUACGCAUCCUUAGACAGAGCACCACAAGCACGCCCCCCUGUAUGUCUCCGGUAUGCUAUGUGGGCGACGGCUUGCUCUUUGUCCGACAAGUAUAUGUGCCUCGAAGAUCUCAUGUAUCAACGCGCGAGACACUAUAUUCAGGCUGCAGAGAUGAAAGGACACGGCGAAGCAUUCGUGACUAUAUAUCACGCACAGACCUGGGCCUUGAUCGCUUUCUUCGAGGCGAAGAAAACCUACUUCUCCCGAUCCUGGAUGAGCACUGGACGAGCAGUACGACUGGCACAAAUGCUCGGGUUGUAUCGACUUGAUGCUGAGGGCUCAGAAGUGAAGCAGAUAUUGCCUCCUCCCAGGGAUUGGAUUGAGCUUGAGGAACGACGCCGUACUUUUUGGGCGGCGUUCUAUGGUGAUAGAUGGGCAAGUUCUGGUACUGGCUGGCCCAUGCUAAUCAACGAAACCGAGAUUAGAACAAAUCUUCCUGCGUCUGAAGAAGCUUUCGAAUUAGGUGUCGCUGAACAAACCCCAUCCCUCGCAGAAGCGCUCACCCCCGAAGGAGCGAGCACUAUUUCCCCUUUUGGUGGCGUCAUUUUGUCCGCCACACUUUACGGUCAUAACUUUGAGCAUUUACAUCGCACUGGACCUAAUGAGAACCCUAAUGAUCCUGCAAAUGGUGAAUUCUGGAAACGGCAUCGAAAAAUGGACAACGUCCUUUCGAAUACCUUCAUGUUUUUGCCAGAUCAUUUGAGACUUCCUGCUGGCCUUCGGAACAUGAAUAUCGUAUUUCUACACAUGAAUAUUCAUGCAUCGUCAAUAUGCUUGCACCAAGCUGCGAUAGUGACUGCGAACAAACACAAUAUUGCUGGCAAUAUAGUUCGUCAAAGCGAGGCUCGAUGUCUCAUGGCGGCUGAAGAGAUUACCAAUAUAAUGCGGCUGAUAUGCCACGUGGACGCCUCCAAGAUGAAUUCCUGGGUGGGAUUCUGCCUCUAUGUCGCAGCCAGUGUAUUUUUAAAGGAUCAAAAAUCGGCCAAACCGAACCCUCAAAAUAUCGUCAACAUAGAAUUCCUUCAGGCCGCAAUGUCUGCAAUUGGACUUAAACAUUCCAUCACAAAGCACUUCUCUACCCAACUUGAGCUUGACGUUGAAUCAAUCGGUCUGAAGCCCUCGAAACAUGCCGGGCCUGCAAACCGAAUGCCCAACACGCCAAUCAACGGGCUUCUAGCUGAUCGUAAUGGAGUACCAAUGACAGUUGAUAACCUCAACCAUUAUGCUAGCACGGCUGUGCCAACAUCCAGUGUUGGUGGAGAUGGUGCACAAUUUACGAUACGGCCAGGUGGUACCGUCAUGGAUUGCACUGCUUACCUGGGAAUUAAUCCAAUUCGUAGCGACAGCUCCAGUGCUGCAGAUAGUCCAAAUGACCCACAGCCUCCAUGGACUGGUUCAGCGCCUGCAAUGAAUGGACUCAAACUCAAAGCAGAUGACAGUCGAAAGAAGUCCUCUGUUGACAUUUCCGCCAGUUCGAAUUUUGCAACGCCUGAGAGCACCAGCUCAAAUAACGCGCAGUUUCCUUAUCGACAGCCUACCGAUGCUACCAGUCAGAGCAAUCCAGUUGAUAUGUUCCCUUGGGCUGAACCGAAUCCAUUCACGACUCCUAGUGAAUGGACUGCCACUGGUGCUUCAGCAGAUAAAUAUAACCUCGCAGAAGGGGUGGAGUCAUUUCUGCAAAAUAAUGGAUGGGAUCAUGAUCCUAUCAUGAAUCCCCGCUGA